AUACACAUUGUAAUAAUCGCGUUAAGUGAUUGCAUUAAAACAUUGGAACAAGUUGACUUUCGUUUCCUUAAUUUUAAAAUAUUACUGUAUGAAAUAAUCCGUUCGCUAUGACAACAACUCAAAAAGUGGUGCUUUUAGCGUGUGGAUCUUUUAAUCCACCGACGAACAUGCAUCUGCGGAUGUUUGAGCUUGCCAAGGAUCAUUUACAUCGGACCGGCAAGUACAACGUUAUUGCGGGCAUCAUGUCACCUGUCAUGGAUAGCUAUGGUAAAAAGGAACUGGAAUCCUCCAAACACAGAUGUGCCAUGGUUUCUCUAGCCCUCAAGUCUGCAAAAUGGGUCAGACUGGAUACAUGGGAGACAGAGCAGACGUCGUGGAUGCGAACGAGGCUUGUACUAGACCACCACCAGCAGAUGCUUGACAACCAGUCCAACAUGGCAGCCCUCGUCAAGGAGGCACCAUCAAAAAAGAGGAGGAAGGACAAACAGAACGAAGAAGUGAUAACCAACUGUGAUAACAAGGAGGCAUGUGAGCCGGAGCAGGCCCCGGUACAACUCAAGCUGCUCUGUGGGGGAGACCUGCUGGAGUCCUUUGCUGUACCCGGUCUGUGGGCAGAUGAAGAUAUUGAAGAAAUAGUGGGGAAGUACGGACUGGUGUGCAUCACGCGGAAUGGCUCGGACCCACGCAAGUUCAUCUACGAGUCUGACAUUCUCACAAGACACCAGGAUAACAUUCACAUAGUGACAGAGUGGAUAACAAACGAAGUGAGCUCUACCAAGAUCAGGAGAGCACUUCGAAGAAAUGAAAGUGUGAAAUACUUGGUACAAGAUACAGUUAUAGAAUACAUAAAAGAGCACGGACUGUAUGGCACCGGCGAUAAUCGCUACAAUGAGAAGAAGUCUGAUUCACCGAUGUCCGACAUCAUGGAAUACCUUGACAGUCCAAGUCUCCAGAAUGAAACCAUCACCAUAGUAACCAGUGACACACCUUCCAAGUCACCAAAAAAGUUGAUUUCAGCGGAGAAAAUCCAAAUCGCAAACUCACCUGUUCCAAUGUCGCCCAGACGCUUGGAAAGUCCAAUCAAGCUCCCAAAGUUGACCUCGCGAUCUGCGUCACCAAGACGCAUGAUGGAGGAUGCAGAUCCGGAAGGGGAAAGGUCGAAUUCACCGAAGACGCCCCAGCAUCAGCCCUGUCUGACUGAUAUUGGGACACUCGUUCGUAGAGUAAGAAAUUACAACUUGCCAGGGAUCUUUCAACCAAAGAAGAUACAGCCCAAGUAAAUGCAAAUGAAAGAACUCUUUGUCAAUGUAAGAUGUACAAUUGAAAAAAAAUCGGGAAAAUAGGUCCUACAUGAUGUUCCAUAUUUCUGUAGUAUUUCAAGUGACUGCUGUUGUUGAUAAAAAGUUCCAAUGAGAUGCUCCAUAUUUAUGUAGUAUUUCAAGUAGCAGCAUAUACUGUUGCUGAUAAAAUAGUUCCUACGAGAUGUUUAGUAUUUAUGUAGUAUUUCAAGUAGCUACUGUUGUUAAGACAGUUUCUUAGUAAAAAUCUUAUGUGAUUGAGGAUGCUUCUGCUGUACAGUGGUAUUUUCCAUUUAUUAAUGUGCUUAUAAGUAUUUAAUGGCCUAUUUACUAUCAUAGACAAUUCAUCUUACAUCUACUCUAUAGCAGUUUGUCACUUAUUUAGAUUGAUUGCAGGCAAAGUGUUGUGCGCAUUUCUGUAUUAAGCAUUAAUAGUGUUUGCUUACAUUACAAUGGUGCAAAAAUGUAUGGGUCAACACAAUAUUAACAUAACAAGGGACAAAAUUGUCACAAAACCAGGUUUUCAAUUUGAAAAGUCUGAUAAAGGGAGACAAUUCAAAAUGUGCAUUGUUACUGUAGUUUCACCCCUUGUGUUAAAUUCAAUCUAUUUUUAGUUGUGGCGACCUUGAUUGCAAUUUGAAAAAAAGUCUGAUAAAGGGAGACAAUCCAAAAUGUGCAUUUUUACUGAUUGUUCCUCAAGUAACCCCCCUUUUGUCUAAUUUAAUAUAUUUUUAGUCAUGGCAACCUUAACCUUGGAGAUAUUGACGUAAUUCUUUUGCAUGACACACCGUCCAAAGAUUUUGAACAAAUGUAUCGAGUAAUUUUAAAAUCUCAAUGAAUGACAUAGUAUGGCCCAGACAAGAUAAUUUAUGGCCAUUUUUGACCUUUGAACUCAAAAUGUGACCUUGUCCUUGGAGAUAUCGAUGUAAUUCUUUCGCAUGACACACCGUCCAAUGAUGGUGAACAAAUGUGCCAAAUGAUUUUAAAAUCUCACAAUAAAAGACAUAGUUAUGGCCUGGACAAGCUUGUUCCGCCCGCCGACAUUUGCCAAUCUAAUAACCAUUUUUUCCUUCGAAAACCUGGUUAAUUAUACACUCUGAAUGUGUUAUGCUUUUUGGUAAAUUGCUAGUGUGGUACGUUACAUGACCCGUGUUCCCCAUCAAAUAUUCUAGUUGAUACAACAUGUGUAUGGGAUAUGCUCUGGGAAUACCAGAUCAGGGAUGCCACUUUCUGCUUUUAUGGAAUUUUUCCUUUAAAGGGAUUCUUCUAAAUAAUAAUCCAGUCAAGGUGGAAAGAUUCGUUCCUGAUUAGCCUUUGCGAACUGCACAGGAUAAUCCCUGAUAGUACUUUACGCUCAUGCAUUUAACAAGAUUUUCCCCAGAGACAAGCUCAUAUAAAAUCUUAGUAUUAGACAUUUAUUGACUAGAUGGCCAUUGAAUAUGACUCGACAUAACCAAGCAGAAAAGAAUAUUGAUUUUUAGGUCAUAUAAUAACUGUCAUUUACAAUAUUAAGAAUUUAGGUUACAGUUGCACCUUGUUUCAAUGAAAAACGUGGCAUUCUAUAAUUGGAAGAAAUCGUAAUCCGAGAACAAAAAGAUACACAUGCAUGCCAAAUAUCAAGUUGCUAUUUUCAAUAUUGCAAAAGUAAUCAAAUAAGCGAUUUUGGCCACAUAUAUUUGACCUCUGACCUUGAAGGAUGACCUUGACCAUUCACCACUCAAACUGUGCAGCUUCAUGAGAUAAACAUGCAUGCCAAAUAUGAAGUUGCUAUCUUCAAUAUAGCAAAAGUUAUUGCAAAAUGUUAAAGUUGGCGCAAACCAACCAACAGACCAACCAACAGACAGGGCAAAAACAAUAUGUCCCCCACUACUAUAGUGGGGGACAUAAUAAAAAAAAUGUAUUGAAAUAUCAAUUCAAUUCAAUGAGAAAUAUGUUUUUACAUUAAUAUUGCUAAAACACAAUUGCUAUUUGUUUAGAAAUAUGUUGUUAUAGAAUUAUAUUUAUUAGAAACAAACUUUGAAGCAAGCAUUGACAUUUUCUCUAACACUAUUGACAUUUGUAUUGUAAUAAGUGUUACUUUCAUUUGACAAUAUCUUUAAAUAAAAUUUGCUUUAAAGGGGCGGUCAACCAGAUUGCUAUAUAUCACACAAAAAGGAACAGUUCCAAAAUACUGUAUUUUUUUUUACAAUUAUUAGUUAAUAUUGAUUAAAAUAUCACGACUGGUAUAUUAAAUUACUUGAAAAAUGUUGUUAAGUUUUCAUAUUUUCAGUAAAUUCGGUAAUAAAAUUUUACUGAGUAUGUCUACCAGGUAAUUUGGAGAGUUCUAUUGUCGUCGUUUUAUUUUGUGAAACUAUGAGGAUUGCUUAUAUAAAGUAUAAAAUACAACGCUCAUUGUAUGAACAUGCAUGGCCCAGUGGUCUAAAUGGGAGAAUUUUUAUGGUUCGAGCCCUGUUCAUGGUUACUUUUUUUUUUCAAUUUAUUCUUGAUUUUUUACUGGAGAUUUUUAGAUCCAAUGUUUGAAUUUAUCUAUAUAAAGCAUUUAAUGACGGUAUUUUAGAACGUUUCUUUUUUCGUCAAUCUGGUUGACAGCCCUUUUAACACUAUUGUUAUUUGUCAGCUUUACGGAGAAGCAAAGUUUCUAUUUUAUAAGAAACAUUAAAAACUGUGAAUAACUUUAACAAGAACUGUUGAGCUAAUUUAUUUUACUCUAGUGAAUGACGGUGCACUUUUACAUGAUAAAUCUAUAUUUAUGUAUAUGUGCUUAUACACUAGUUACAAGUAUAUAUUGUGAUACUAGAACUGUUGUUGCCAUUAUAACCGUUACCAGUGAUACGUCUUGUUUUUCUCACUUUGUUUCACGAUCUUUGUUAGAAAUGUUUAUCUGUGUUUUAAUAAAAAUCUGUGAAAAC